AUUGGUUAUUCAAUGUGCCCACUUUGUUUUGUUGAACCUCCAUAACUCUGCCAACCAAUCUUAAUUCCUCAUUGAAGAUUUGGACCUUCCAGAAGUACGAGGGACAGACAAAUUUGUCAUUACCGGACAAAGCUGAAAGCGGUAAUUGAAUUAUAGGGGGAUAAAGAAAAAAGAGUAGAAUCCAACACAUGGGCCACGGUAUACACAGUUCGUGUCUUUGUGAGGUAGCUCUUUGGUAAUUCAAACCGGAGUUUUUUGACGCUCAGAUGGGUGAACCAGUAGUAGAUGUUUACAGAGGUGAAGAUAAGGACCAUAAGAUGGGAGAGAGAGCUGCCUCAAAACCUGACUUGGAAGUGUCGGUUUCAUUCGGGAGGUUUGAGAAUGAUUCACUGUCCUGGGAGAAAUGGUCAGCUUUCUCGCCCAAUAAGUACUUGGAAGAAGUCGAGAAGUUUGCAACACCCGGAUCAGUAGCCGAGAAGAAGGCCUACUUCGAAGCUCAUUACAAGAAGAUUGCUGCUCGCAGAGCUGAGCUAAUGGAUCAAGCAAAUCAAAUGGAAAAUGAUCCGUUGAGGCCAGAGAAUCAAAAUGGUGGAGAUCUGACCAGUAAUGUUAGUAGUGCCGGCUUUGAAUUUGAUAUCUGUAAUAGCCACAGUCCCACAGAAGAAGUUGUGAAGCAAGAAACCAACUUGGUCAGUGAGGUGAUUAGCACCCACGUGGCUGAUCUGAAGGAGGAUGCUGCAAUCAGUACAGAAAGUCAAAGGACAUUAUCUGAGGGAGUAGAAGAAGAAAUGGGUAGCAGAAUAGAUAGCCCUAAGUCAAGCAAACCAGAAGAGGCGGUUUUGGUAAAAGAAGAAGAAGAAGAAGCAGAAGAAAGUACUUUGGUUGAAUCUCAAGACACGAAGGAAAUUUCUCAUAAGGACAAUGCCAUAGGAAAUGCUCCAAAAGUUAAAGAGGAAAAAGCCCAGUUGGAACAUCCAAAGGAAUCUAAGAAGGUUCCUCCAGUGAAUAGGGACAGAAAUGUGACAAGGGUAAAGAAGAAAGCAUCACCACCUGUAACUAAAGCAUCACAUCUUUCCACCCCUAAAGUGUCAAAGCCUACACCAGCUUCCACUGCAAUAUCUGCAACGCGAUCUUCAACAAAGAAGGGAAAUGAUUGGUCCUUACCAAGGAGCAAAAAUUCUUCAACUGUUGAAAUUAAGAAAGUUGCUCCCAAGUCUCUAUACAUGUCCCUUAGCAUGGAUCCUACAAAUUCUGAUCCAACUUCGCUUCCCACCACUCGAAAAUCCUUCAUUAUGGAGAAAAUGGGGGACAAGGACAUUGUCAAACGAGCAUUUAAGACAUUUGAAAAAAGUUUCAACCAGCUGAAAUCUUCUGCUGAAGAGAGAUCUUCAGUACCAAAACAGGUGCCUGCAAAGGGGACAGGACCAAGGGUUUCCACUUCUACGACUUCACGAAAAGAGAAUGGAGGGUCACUAAAACCAGGUUGUGUGGAUAAAAGAAUUGCUAAGGCGGCCCCUUCUUCUUAUGGCUUGAAAAGCGAUGAAAGGGCAAAGAAAACAAACAAGUUUUCAAAGAAAUUGGAGGAAAAAUCAAACGCUAAAGAGGCAGUGAGGACAGGUCUUCAAUCAAAAUCAAAGGAACAAAAAGAGACAGACAUCAGAAAGUUAAGACAGAGCCUUAAUUUCAAAGCCACACCCGUGCCAAGCUUUUAUCGGGGAGUAAAAAUGUCAAAAAGCACUUCAGAUAAGGAUGUUUCCAAAAAUGAGGUUCAUCGGUGAGCAAUGUUCUUGGGUUUGGGACUCAUACAUGUUCUAAGAAAUAUAUCUGCUUCAAAAGCUAAAUACUUGGGUGAAGACAGAAGAUAUAUUUGAAGGAAUUGCUUAGAGUGGACUCGUGCCAUAAUAUAUUACUUAGCCAACAAGCAAUUUGUCACCAAUGAGCUGCAGACUGCAUAUGAAUGGCUAGAAGAGACAUUUUACCUCAUCAAUCUUGUUGUCUAGGUAGGGCAUGCAUAUUUAUAAUGUGCAGGAGAUAAAGAAGAGGUUGGGGCAGCUGCUAUCUUCCAUUGACAACUUAUUACUUACCCCUCUUGCACUUGCUCUCGCAAACCAAACAUAUAUAGGAUAAAGAAAAGAUGAAAUGCUGUGUAUAAAGUGUCAAACUGUUAGAAAUGCAUUAAUUCUUGUAGUUGGUUGCCAUUCUAUUGUUCUGGUACUCUCUAGUCAGUUAUUUUGUUGAAAGUAUAUGAUAUUUGAUCCUUAUUAUAUGGAA